GAGGCGGAGCCGCCGCCGCUGCCGCCGCAGCCCCGUUCGGGAUUUGAAAAGAUUAAAAACUCCCCGCGGAGAGGGCGGCGGCGUUGGAUGUGUGGCGGAAGCGCUGGGGGCCACGGCUCGGCGCGCGGCCGGGCAGCCGGCGGCGUCUCGACACCAUGAAUUAUCCGGGCCGCGGAUCCCCGCGGAGUCCGGAGCAUAACGGCCGGGACGGCGGCGCCUGGGACCUGGGUCCGGACUCGGCGCCGGCGUUCGGCGGCGGCGGCGGCGGCGGCAUCUGCUGCUUCGAGCACCUGCCCGGCGGGGACCCGGGCGACGGGAGCGUGCCGCUGGCCCUGCUGCGCGGGGAGGCCGCCCUGCACCUGGCGCCGGGCGCCGAGGAUCUCAACCACCUGGCGCUGGACGCCUGCUUCAGCGACGAGAACUACGACUUCAGCUCGGCCGAGUCGGGCUCCUCGCUGCGCUACUACAGCGAGGGCGAGAGCGGCGGCGGCGGCGGCAGCUCGUCGUCCCUGCACCCGCCCGCGUCGGCCCCGCUCGCUCCGGCCGAGUCGGGGGGCGGCGGGGGCGGCGGCGGCGGGAGCGCGGCGGGCGGGGGCUCCGGGGAGAGGAAGCGUCCCCGGCCCGCCGGCCCGGCCGCCCGCCACCGCUACGAGGUGGUGACGGAGCUGGGCCCGGAGGAGGUGCGCUGGUUCUACAAGGAGGACAAGAAGACCUGGAAGCCCUUCAUCGGUUACGACUCCCUGCGCAUCGAGCUCGCCUUCCGGACCGUACUGCAGGCCUCGGGCGCCCGGCCCGGAGCGCACAGUCGGGAUGGCGACCCGGCGUGCGGCCGGGCCUCCAGCUCCGGAGAGGAAGACGACGAGGACCGCGCCUGCGGCUUCUGCCCGCGCGCGGCGGCGGGACACGAGCCCGAGAUGGAGGAGCUGGUGAACAUCGAGCCGGUGUGCGUGCGAGGCGGCCUCUACGAGGUGGAUGUGACCCAAGGAGAGUGCUACCCGGUGUACUGGAACCAGUCUGAUAAAAUACCAGUGAUGCGUGGACAGUGGUUUAUUGAUGGGACUUGGCAGCCUCUAGAAGAAGAAGAAAGUAAUUUAAUUGAGCAAGAACAUCUCAACUGCUUUAGGGGUCACCAGAUGCAGGAAAAUUUUGAUAUUGAAGUGUCAAAAUCCAUAGAUGGAAAAGAUGUUGUCUACCACCUCCCUCCCUUCUCCCUCCCUUCAUUGUUCAAAUGGAGAGGAUAUAAGGAGAGUACAGAUGCGGCAGGUCUUAAACGAAAGCGUUCCCAAGCUAUUCAUAGUUUCAAAUUGAGUCGAAACCAUGUGGACUGGCACAGUAUGGAUGAAGUAUAUCUUUAUAGUGAUGCAACCACGUCUAAAAUUGCAAGAACAGUUACCCAAAAACUGGGAUUUUCUAAAGCAUCAAGUAGUGGGACCAGACUUCAUAGAGGUUAUGUGGAAGAAGCCACGUUGGAAGACAAGCCAUCACAGACCACCCAUAUUGUGUUUGUUGUUCAUGGCAUUGGGCAGAAAAUGGACCAAGGAAGAAUUAUCAAAAAUACAGCCAUGAUGAGAGAGGCUGCAAGAAAAAUAGAAGAAAAGCAUUUUUCCAAUCAUGCAACACAUGUUGAAUUUCUGCCUGUUGAAUGGCGGUCAAAACUUACUCUUGAUGGAGACACUGUUGACUCCAUUACUCCUGAUAAAGUUCGAGGUUUAAGGGACAUGCUAAAUAGCAGUGCAAUGGACAUCAUGUAUUAUACUAGUCCCCUUUAUAGAGAUGAACUAGUUAAAGGCCUUCAGCAAGAGCUGAAUCGAUUAUAUUCCCUUUUCUGUUCUCGGAACCCAGACUUUGAAGAAAAAGGGGGUAAAGUCUCAAUAGUGUCCCAUUCCUUGGGAUGUGUAAUCACUUACGACAUAAUGACUGGCUGGAAUCCAGUCCGACUCUAUGAACAGUUGCUUCAGAAGGAAGAAGAGUUGCCUGAUGAACGGUGGAUGAGUUAUGAAGAACGACAUCUUCUUGAUGAACUCUAUAUAACAAAGCGACGGCUGAGGGAAAUAGAAGAACGUCUGCAUGGAUUGAAGGCCUCAUCCAUAACACAAGCACCUGCCUUAAAAUUUAAGGUUGAGAAUUUCUUCUGUAUGGGAUCCCCACUAGCAGUCUUUUUGGCAUUGCGUGGCAUUCGACCAGGAAACUCUGGAAAUCAAGACCAUAUUUUGCCUAGAGAGAUUUGUAAUCGGUUACUAAACAUUUUUCAUCCUACAGAUCCAGUGGCUUAUAGAUUAGAACCAUUAAUAUUGAAACACUACAGCAACAUUUCACCUGUCCAGAUCCACUGGUACAAUACUUCAAAUCCCCUACCUUAUGAGCACAUGAAGCCAAGCUUUCUCAACCCAGCAAAAGAAUCUACCUCAGUUUCAGAGAAUGAAGGCAUCUCAACCAUACCAAGCCCUGUGACCUCACCAGUUUUACCACGCCGACACUAUGGAGAAUCCAUAACUAACAUAGGCAAAGCAAGCAUAUUAGGGGCUGCUAGCAUCGGAAAGGGACUUGGAGGAAUGUUGUUCUCAAGAUUUGGACGUUCAUCCACAUCACAGCCAUCUGACCCAUCAAAAGAGUCAAUGGAAGACGAGAAGAAGCCAAUUUCUUCACCUCCUACUACCACUGUGGCAACCCAGACCCUUCCACAUAGCAGUUCUGGCUUUCUUGAUUCUGCAUAUUUCAGACUUCAAGAAUCGUUCUAUUAUCUCCCACAACUUCUUUUUCCGGAAAAUGUAAUGCAGAAUAAAGAUAAUAGCCUCGUGGAAUUGGAUCACAGGAUUGAUUUUGAGCUCAGAGAAGGCCUUGUGGAGAGCCGCUAUUGGUCAGCUGUCACAUCGCAUACUGCCUAUUGGUCAUCUUUGGAUGUGGCCCUCUUUCUGUUAACCUUCAUGUAUAAACAUGAGCACGAUAAUGAUGCAAAACCCAAUUUAGAUCCAAUCUGAACUCUUGAAGGACAUUAAUGGCCCAAAACUGAUUUUUUUUUUCUGUUAAAAUGUGUAUGUCAAGAUAUGGAGAUUCCAGGAUUAAGUAUGUUCCAGUUUUGUUUAGGGAAAGAAAUGUUUGAAUUUAAAAGCACUUUAUUUUUUAAAAAAGAAAACAAAAUUUCAGUCUAAAACAAGUUACUUAUAGUUUCCAUCAUUUUGAGUAUCAGUCACUGCACAGAAAGUGCAGUGAGUAUCAACCACAGAAACAACACCCGGUGUGAGGAAGGUUUGGAUGAACUGUGUGUAGUUACCAUCACUACCUAAUUUCUGCAGAGUAUAAAGAUGUACUGAUGCUUUGAAGUCUCAUACAUAAACCUAAACCACUGUAGGUCCACAAUGGCAACAGUCCAGUGGAUCCUAGCUAAAGAUUGCAAGUGGUAUCAUUGUUGAGAUUUCCAUGAAAGUUUCCACAAUUCUUUUGAGAGAUUAUAACAGAUUUUAAAUGUUUUAAAAGUCUAAUGCUAAAACAAUAAUUGAACUACUGUAUUUAUAAUUUAUUAUUGACUAAAUGCUUUAUUUCACCGUUUGAAACAUUACAUUUUUUAAUGUUUCCUUUGAACAAACUUAAGAACCACAUUUAUUUUCUAGAGGAUGAAGACCCCUUUUCUCCAUCUUUGUACUCUUCAGAUGAAUAUAUGACACUGUGGCAGAGUCAGUAUUUUUUUUUUCAUUAAAAACUUGUGGCUUCACACAUUAGUUCACUUAUUUUAAAAUAAAGAUGAACUUUUUAUUAUGUCAUAUGUACCUCAGAGAAAGCUAAAUUUUUUCUAAGCUUGACAGAGUACUCCACAGAGGGUACAUUUCAUCAACUUUACUAGAAAAUUAGAAAGCACCUUUGGAAUAGGAAAUACGACAACUAUUUCAAACGCAUUCAUAUUUGUGUGCCAAACAGUUAAGAUGAAGCACUGGAGUGCCACUCACAUGUAGUCUUGAUGUGAUGAAGAAAGCAUGGGAACCCAGCAGAAGCGAUGCGGCGGGGUGCUGCAAGGGCUUCCUUGGUGUCAUUGUCCCCACAGUGCUUUCAUCUGAGGAGCUCAAAGUGCUUUAAGGUGUCCCUUCAGUAAUCUGUAUACUAGCUCCUAGAGGUAAGUAAAUGAGUGUUACUGUCCUGUAACACAUUAAUGCAUCGAGGCACCGAGACGUUUCGUGCCUGUGUUAGAUCACAUGGCAAAGCUUGGAUUGAAGCCAGACCUCCGUGUGAUGUUUAGUGACUGGUGACUCACUGCGGACAACGGAAAGUGAAGCAGCAGUCAAGAAACCCGUGCGUUACCCUCCAUGUGUGCUCUCGGGCCCUCACUCAGAGUUCCGUGGAGCAGGGUUACGCAGCCAUCUCUGCCACAAGCAGCCCUCACUUCUGAGUGGUGUCCACUAGGUUCCACUCAAGGUGCUGUCUUUACUUAGCUUUAGCUCACAAAGAAGAAAUCAUUUCUUUUCUGGCAGUACUGGGGAUUGAACUCAGAGCCUUGUGCUUGUUCCACAAGCACUCUACCACCUGAGCCAUACCCCCAGCUCUGCCCGGAAUUUCUUAGCUUCCCAGUAAUCAUUGUCAGAUGGGAGGAGCGUUGGCCAGGCACCCAUCCCCCCUGCUCCUUUCUUAAUAAUGCAGUAGAGACUGGCUUGCUUCUAGGUUCUACUCCACACCAUCAGUACUGUUGGCUGUUUUGGCCUUCCAUUGAAUUUGCACAACAUAAAGAGCACUUUUUAGUGUUUAAAAAAUUCUUAAGUCCCCAUGACCAAGUACAUGACUCACUAAGAAACCCUUGCUAUAAAAGGCUUUUGAUGAGAUCUUAGCAAAGCUGAAGCAAUCUCUUGAAUUUAGAGAUUCCUAGGAACUCAGGUCAUUUUCAUAACCUGUUUAUUUUGUAGGUCUAAUUUAGUUCUCAGGAAAAUUAAACCCAUGUUGUAUGACUGUAUCAUUAAGGGUACUUGAACAGAUGUUGCUGUAGGUGGUGUGACACUCAAAUGCCCAAGAACUGGAAGGAUUCCUCCUCAACCACUGGAAUGUGAAGAGACCAUUUUACCUUAAAAGAAUGGAAUCCCAUGAAGCGUUUUCAUUUGAUACCAUUGAGUAAAAAGAAAAGUAUGUUCCCAUGCCCAAAAAGAAUAUAUCUGCUUCCUUUUCUUCAUAUUGAGGAAACAAAUUGAAUUCUUGGAAAGAGCAACAUUCAAUUUCCCUCCCCUUUCAGAAUAGAUGUUCUGAAUUACUGAACCAGUGUGUUUGUUUCUAAUUCAUUAUUUCAUUAACAGAGAUGGUGAUUUUGGAUUUACAAUGCUCUUGUUUUGUGUCUCUGCAUGUGAUCAUGGGAUGUACUUGUAUAUACUCAAGUAAUAUUCAGAGUGUGAUUCUGGCUCGAUUUAGAAGCUAAGUCAGUUUCUGAGUAACAUUUUGCAAUUUUAUUCAGCAACUACUAAAUUGGCCAAAAGAAGUUCUGUUUUUGAUACUAUUAAAAUUUUAUUCUCUA